CGCAUCCACGGCUCUCGCUCUAGCUACACCUACCUACCUACCUUACCUUACCUUACUUCAACUUCAACUCCAACUUCAGCAACUACAAACACAACCACCAGUCCACCCUCCACGCGAAGCCACACCACCAACCACGCAGACCAAAGCAUGACCAACAACUAACAACUAACAACCACCCAACCACACACCCCUACCAAAGAACCAACGCUACCAGAAACCCGCCAAAAUGUCAAUGUCCCGCCAAACCACAACCCCCUUCCACCUCAAACUCUUCUACCGCCAAUCCACCUACCACCCCCUAUCGGACUUCUCCCCGGCCAGCGCCAACCCCGCCGGCCGCAGCGGCGGCCAUCUCCCCGCCCACCACCUCCAAAUCUACACCUGGCCGAGCUGCUCGCUCCGCGAACUCGCCCACCUCCUGACCUCGACCCUGCCCCACCUCCUCCCGGAGGUGCCCAUCGGCACCCGGCUGAGCUUCCGGCUGAUCUACCCGGACACCAAGGGCGCGGCGAUGAAUCUGGGAGAGCAUGGAAGGGGACGGUAUCUGGCCAAGGAGAUGGGGAGUGUGGUUGUUGCGCCGAGGGGGUAUGAUGAUGACACUGAUGGCAAUGAGGGGGGGAAGGGGGAAGGGGAUGGCGAGGGAGCUGGAGGAGGUGGACAUGGCUCAAAGGCGAGGGCUGCUGCUGCCGGCGCAUUCAGAAUGAGCGGUGCGGAUGCGGAGAAGACGUUGCAGGAUUUUCGGUUCGUGAUUGGCGAUUAUGUCGACUGUGCGAUUGUGCCGCCGCUGGAGGAUGGGUCGGUUGCGCCGCCGCCUCCUGUUGGUUCCGGGGGUGGCGGCGGUGGUGGCGUGUACGAUAGUGAGGGUUGA